AUGUCUGCUCUACUUACCAGAAUCACUCCAAGAGUGGGUGCCCUUGCUUGUGCUGCUAGAUUGCAAUUGAGAACUUAUGCUGCAUACCCACCACACACCAUUGUUGGUAUGCCAGCUUUGUCUCCUACCAUGACCCAAGGUAACUUGGCUGCGUGGAGCAAGAACGUUGGUGACAAACUAGCACCAGGUGAAGUUUUGGCUGAGAUUGAGACUGACAAGGCUCAAAUGGAUUUUGAGUUCCAAGAAGAUGGUUACUUGGCUAAGAUUUUGGUUCCAGCUGGUACCAAGGACAUCCCAGUUGGUAAGCCAAUUGCUGUUUACGUUGAAGAAGAGUCUGACGUCCCAGCCUUUGCUGACUUCUCUGUCGCUGAUGCUGACUCCGGUGCUGCUCCAGCUGCCAAGGAAGAGGCUCCAAAGGAAGAAGCUCCAAAGGAAGAAGCCAAGCCAGCUGAAACCAAGCCAGCUCCUAAGAAGGCUGCUUCAUCUUCUUCCUCCGCCCCAUCUGGUAGAAUCUUCGCUUCCCCAUUAGCCAAGAACAUUGCAUUGGAACACGGUGUUGCUUUGAAGGAUGUGAAGGGUACUGGUCCAAAUGGUAGAAUCACCAAGGAUGAUGUCGAAGCCUUCUUGGCCUCUGCUAAGUCUGCAGCUCCUGCCGCUUCCUCUGCUGGUGCCGCUGCUGGUGCCGCUCCAGCCGCCACCGCUUCUUACGAGGACGUUCCAAUCACCAACAUGAGACAAAUCAUUGGUGACCGUUUGUUGCACUCUACCCAAUCGAUCCCAUCUUACAUCGUUUCUUCUCAAAUCAGUGUUUCCAAGCUAUUGAAGUUGAGACAAUCCUUGAACGCUACUGCUAAGGACCAAUACAAGUUGUCUAUUAACGAUAUCUUGGUCAAGGCUAUUGCCGUUGCAGCUAAGAGAUGUCCUGAUGCUAACGCCUACUGGAUGCCAGAACAAGGUGUUAUCAGAAAGUUCAACAACGUUGAUGUGUCUGUUGCUGUUGCUACCCCAACCGGUUUGUUGACUCCAAUUGUCAAGAACGCCGAAGCUAAGGGUCUAGUCUCUAUCUCCAAGGAAAUUAAGGACUUGGGUAAGCGUGCUAAGGAAAACAAAUUAAAGCCAGAAGAAUUCCAAGGUGGUACCAUUUGUAUUUCCAACUUGGGUAUGAACCCAGCUGUUACUAUGUUCACAUCCAUCAUUAACCCACCUCAAUCUACCAUUUUGGCUAUCGGUACCGUUAACAAGGUUCCUGUAGAAGAUUCUGGUGCCGAAUUCGGUUUCACCUUUGACGAAAAGAUUAACAUCACUGGUACCUUCGACCACAGAACUAUCGAUGGUGCUAAGGGUGGUGAAUUCAUGAGAGAAUUGAAGAAGGUCAUUGAAAACCCAUUGGAAUUGUUGUUGUAA